GUCUCUGGAUUGGCGGCUCCAGCGGUCUCCGAGCCGUCCCGCCCUCCAUCACCGGAUUGGCUGCGCCCCUGCGCUGAGGCCCUGCCCAUUUCCCCGGGUCCUUUGAUCACGCGCCUGCAGGUUCUUCCGGGGCUCCGGAGCCAACGAGGGCGUUCCUGUCGGGGCUUUAGCGGCGGGAGGGAGCCCAGUGGAGGCGCCCUCCCGAAGCACUACGCUGCCCAUGCUGACUACCCUGCCCUCCAGCUUGGGCCGCCACUGCCGAUGUCAUGAGUAACACCACAGUUCCCAAUGUCCCCCAGGCCAACAGCGACUCCAUGGUGGGCUACGUGUUGGGCCCUUUCUUCCUCAUCACCCUGGUCGGGGUGGUGGUGGCUGUGGUAAUGUACGUGCAGAAGAAAAAGCGAGUGGACCGGCUUCGCCACCACCUGCUGCCCAUGUACAGCUACGACCCCGCCGAGGAGCUGCACGAGGCUGAGCAGGAGCUCCUGUCUGAUGUAGGAGACCCGAAGGCCAGAGCCCAGCCUGUGGCAGUCUCCUCCCUGCACAGGUGGUACACGGCUGGCAGAGCGGCUACCAGCACAAGCGGGUGCCGUUGCUGGACGUCAAGACGUGAAAUGACCCCUUGACCUGAUCUUCAGAGCCUUGGGGGUCCUGGAACGUCUGGACCCCAUAGCCUGCUGCUUCCCCUCUCCCACUUGCAUUCAGCCAGCUCCUUGCUGGGUACUGAGUCCCCAUUCCUCCUCCCACCCACACCCAUUUCCCAAGCCCUGCCUGGCAGGCAGCCCCUACCUUCAGCUCUUUGUGAGCUCUGAGCCUGCACCCACCCUCAGGCACUAAUGGGAGAGAACAGCUUUUCCUUCUCAGGGUGCAGGUGGCCAGGAGCUGUUUCUAUGGUGAAAAGACUUGAUGUAUAGUAUUCCAGUAUAUAUAUUUUGUAAAUAAAAAUGAUUUGUGGCUAGGGGUGUGGUUGUUUUCUUUAAAAAGUGCUUAAGUCCCUUUCCCUGGAGCUGGCCCCAAUACUAUUCUCUUCCCCCAAUGUACAGCACAGUGGGAGUGGAGCACCUUCAAAGCACCACCCCCACUCACUGGAUUCUUGGUUCCCACCCUAUCCCAGGCCCUGGGGGUGCCCAUCACAAAAAAAAAAAAAAAGGCUCCAGUCCAGAA